UUGUAAGUUGUUCUUCAACUAAGCAGGUCCCCUGUAAAGAUGCCUUUUUCCCCCCAUCUCAUAUUCUUUCACCUCUGAUUUUCAUGCUUCUUUUGUAGAUAUAUAGCAUUCUAUGAAUCUUUUGAAGGGAACUGUUAGGCGCUUCUCUCUCUCUAAACUUGGGCCAUUUUCAAAACCCAGACAGUUUUGAACAACUGUUACAAACUCACUGUUCAUUUUCUCCUUCCUGAUCUCCACCAGAGCUCCAUGGUCAUGGAAAAUGGCUUCUCUUCUCCUCGUAGCGAUGCGUUUCCCGUCGGUCUUCGUGUUCUUGUCGUUGAUGAUGAUCCAACAUGGUUGAGAAUCCUGGAAAAGAUGCUCAAGAAGUGCUCCUAUGAAGUGACAACAUGUUGUUUAGCAAGGGAGGCUCUAAGCCUGCUUAGGGAGAGAAAAGAUGGAUACGAUAUCGUAAUCAGCGACGUAAACAUGCCUGAUAUGGAUGGUUUUAAACUCCUUGAGCAUGUGGGAUUGGAAAUGGACCUGCCAGUUAUCAUGAUGUCGGUUGAUGGUGAAACAAGCCGGGUAAUGAAAGGGGUUCAACACGGGGCUUGUGAUUAUCUUCUAAAACCAAUACGAAUGAAAGAACUUCGAAACAUAUGGCAGCACGUAUUGCGAAAGAAGAUACAAGAAGGAAGAGAUAUUGAAGGACAUGAUGUUCUUGAAGGUAUCCAGAUUCUAAGAAAUGGAUCAGAUAGGUACGAUGAUAGCCAGUUCCUGAGAGGAGAGGAACUAUUUUCACUGAGAAAAAGAAAAGAUAUUGAUAAGCAUGAAGACAGAGAGUUUUGUGACACUUCUUCCACAAAGAAAGCCAGAGUUGUCUGGUCGGUUGAUCUACACCAGAAGUUUGUCAAAGCAGUAGACCAUAUAGGUUUUGACAAAGUUGGGCCUAAAAAGAUUCUUGAUCUGAUGAAUGUUCCAUGGCUGACUAGAGAAAAUGUGGCUAGCCACUUGCAGAAAUAUCGUCUCUAUUUGAGUAGACUGCAGAAAGAAAAUGACCCAAAAGCUUGCUUUGUUGUUGGGAUGAAACAUACUGAUUCGUGUUCGAAGGAUCGAGACGGGAACUUCAGCCUUUGUAGCUCGUUGGCCGGGCCACAAACUGAUGUGACAAACAGCAGCUUCAGUUUUUCAGGUGAUAACUUCCUUCUGCAGAAUGAUUCAUCAGAGCCAAAAAGAGCUGCUGCUGCUGCUAGGAGUGUUCCUGAACCAAUAAAGCUUGCAGCCUUUGAUCCCAGCAAGCGAACCUGUUACCCUUGGGUUGAUGCUCCAGAAACAAAGUUCAAACAAGAAAUCAAGCCAGUUGUGCAUUCAGAAGGAGAUUUCAGUCAGUUCCCUGCAACGGUUCCACCGCACCACGUUCAAAUCGACCAACUACAAUCGAUUUCGUCGAUUAGUUCUGGACGGUCCGCAACAGAGAAAGAUAUAGCAAGCUCCAUUGAAAGUAAGCCUAUGUAUUCUGAGGAGUGUAGCCAACAGAUGGUCCAUGUAAAUCUACCAAAAGUUGCAACUGAUCCCAGUUCAACUACUACUACUCCUGCUGCUGCUACUACUCCAUUGGGAAAGAAAAACCAGAGCUUAAAUCUUAGCAGCAUUUCAACUGAUAUAGGAAGUGGGUUACCCUUUGAAUCCUUUGAUGAAGACUUGCAGGGCUAUCUGCUUGAAGAUGGGUGCUAUCCAAAGAACCUUGAUCAUCAGCAGAUCAUAGAGUUUCCAGAUUAUGGUGAUCCAGGCCUUUUCACUGAAGUUCCUGCUUACCUUUACGAUGCAAUGAGGUUUGGCUAUGAGUACUCCUAUGACCCAACUGAGUAUUAUCCGGUGAUAGAUGAAGGCCUAUUUAUUGCAUGAUUAUGCUAUUCACAUACUCCCUCCCUGUAUGCAAGGAAAAAUGAUGUCUUGCUCAAUAAGUGAGUUCUUCCUUAACUUAAUGGAUUGAAUAUUACCUUCCCAACCUAUUGGGAUUUGGAUUUUGAAAUGUGUAUAUAGAAGUAGUAAUGAAAAACUUCUUCCUAUAUAUAUCAAUAAAACAACUUCACAUCAUUAAA